AUGGAGAGGGACGAGAAGGCAGAGGAGUGUAAGCUCGGGGAGGUGCAUGAUCUGCUUUGUCGUGCCAGCGCGUUUGCGAUGCCUCAUUCACAGUGGUUCCACGCGUCCUUGCCGAUGUUCUCUGCGGGGUCGUGCUGUGUCUCGUUCCCCCGUGCACACGUCCUCGCAGCACAGCUCCCGAUCGUGCCCUUGCUCACGCACGUUGAUAUCAUUUGCUCGUGCCCGCAGCCACAUCGGCAGGAGGGGCCCGACGCGGAAGAGAAGGAGUUGGAUACGCAGAUCGAAGAGCUCAUCGCAGCAACCCCGCCAAAAGCCACGCUCACGGAGGAGGAGAAAAAGCUGUUCUUCAGGAAGCCGAAGAACCCGGACCUGUCGCCGAUGCUGUUGAGCACGUCCUUCGCCAGCUUCACGAUCCCCGACAAGGAGGAGGGCCUCGCGGAGGUGAAGUACGAGUGGUACAAGGCCGCUAAGGCUUCGUCGUUCCUGAAGGAGUGGGUCUCCAGCAAGAAGCUCACCGUUCGCGUAGAGGACCUGCAGCCGGGGGAGUGGUUCGCCAAGCAGUG